AUGGCAAAGUUCAACUUCACUCAAGUGACUGAAUUUAUUCUCAAAGGGAUUACAGACCGUCCCGAACUCCAGGCACCUCUCUUUAUCAUUUUCUCAGCCAUCUACAUAGUAACAGUGGUAGGGAAUCUUGGGCUCAUUAUAUUAAUCAGGAUUGACUCUCGACUUCAUACACCUAUGUACUUCUUCCUCAGUCAUUUAGCCUUUGUUGACUUCUGCUAUUCCUCAGCAAUCACACCCAAGAUGGUGGCAAAUUUUGUAGUGGAGAAAAAUACAAUUUCAUUCAAUGCUUGUGCAACCCAACUAGGAUGUUUUCUGACAUUUAUGAUCACGGAAUGUUUCCUUUUAGCUUCUAUGGCUUAUGAUCGUUAUGCAGCUAUUUGUAAUCCUUUGCUUUACUCAGUCAUUAUGUCUCAGAAAGUUUGUAUUCAGUUAGUUGCUGUUCCCUAUAUAUAUAGUUUUUUAGUUGCGUUAUUCCAUACCAUUGUCACAUUCCGCUUAUCUUACUGUGGCCCCAAUGUCAUCAAUCAUUUUUACUGUGAUGAUAUUCCUCUUUUGGCCCUGUCAUGCUCAGACACACACACCAAAGAGUUGUUGAUAUUUGCAUUUGCUGGGUUUGACAUGAUUUGUUCUUCAUCAAUUGUCCUUAUCUCCUAUAUUUUCAUCAUUGCUGCCAUCUUACGCAUCCGUUCUGCAGAAGGCAGGCUCAAAGCUUUCUCUACUUGUGGCUCUCAUAUGGUGGCUGUCACCAUUUUCUAUGGUACAUUAAUCUUUAUGUACCUGCAGCCCAAGUCCAACCACUCCCUGGACACAGACAAAAUGGCAUCUGUGUUUUACACAGUGGUGAUUCCCAUGUUGAACCCUCUAAUUUACAGCUUAAGGAACAAAGAAGUAAAAGAAGCCCUGAAGAAGACUCGUGGUAAAGGAUCUGAAAUACUAAAAAUACUUCAGUCCAGAAAAUGA